CCACACUUGACAGCGAGGGAUAGCUAGUGUAACUCAGGUCGGGUAUCUACAUGAUAUCCAAGUCCUGAGAAAAUGGCGCUUUGUACUUGCGGUGCAUUUCUGCUGGUCCAGUUGCUGUACGUUUCUGGCUUCCAGCCAAAACAGAACAUUUCCGUCUUGAUAGAAAUCCCCGAGGAUGUAUCCCCAGGAAGUGAAGUGCUGCGUCCGCUAGAGUUUGUUAACUGCAGUACUGCCAACGUGGCCUACGCUGGGAAUUUACAAUCGUGGUCAGUUAGAAUAACCGGAGGGGACGAUUUCGGACGUUUCCAGGUUCAUAACACGAGCCUGACAGUAACAGUUGCUGCCCCGCUGGAUUUUGAGUUAUACUCGCGAUACAAUCUGUCUGUGGAAGUAGAACAUACGAGAGAGAAUCAAAAUUGGUUCAUAAACAUUGUUAUCACGGUGAGGGACGUGUCUGGAUACCCACCGCUGUAUGACAAACGCUGUGAAACGCCUGUUCUAUCCGACAUAGGGGGGACCGAGGACUACACUGUCCUAACCAGUGACGGAACCAUGGAUGCCUUCCUAAACGGUGAACACAUCGUAACAGCCGUCGACUUGAUCAAAUGGCAUACCGGUGAUCCAAGUGUUGUGAAUAAUGUCGUCGUUAUGAGAGAUGACUGCUCAGUCCUACUUCUGGUCGGUAUGACCACUCUAAUUGGUAGGAAAGCAUUCCUGGCUCCAUGGCUACAUGGGUUUGGAGCAGGAAGGCUUGAAGUCCAGUGUCAUUACAAAAAUCGGAAAGAUGCUGGUAAAAUGACGCUUUUGGACAUUUCCUUUGAUAAUAACCUACCCCGAUGGGUACAGGAAAGUCGGAUUAAAAUAGACGAGAGUGUCCGUUAUGUUGUGGCUGCGGAAUUGAAUGACGUAUGGUCCACAUCCAAUCGGAUCCGUUGUGGUAAAAACGUUUCUUUCUCAGACGGCCCAGUACUUGCCGAAAUUACAGCUGAGUACAACAUUACCGGCUGUCCUGAGGGCAGGUACGGGCUGUACUGUGACCAUGACUGUGUUUGUAAGAACGGCGCCCGCUGCCAUGGGUUUAACGGUGCCUGUAAGUGCCGUCCGGGCUGGAGAGGGAGGGCCUGUGAUAUUCCCUGGGCCGAGGUCGUCAUCAUCGCGACACCUGGCGAUUCAGUUGUGAAGUACAUCGGCACCAAUCUGACUUUGACCUGCCUGGCUCCACACAUCCAGGUAGCUAACAUGACGUGGCUUUAUGAGGCAGAAAACAAAAAUACCGAUACGGAAAUGAUCGAAAAAGGGCCAGUUCAGAACAGCUCCGUCAAGUUUCAACCGAUAUAUGAAUCAGCUAAUGGUAGAUAUACUUGUUUGGUGAAGGCCGAAGAUGGUGAACGUUUCAAUACAACGUUUAUACUAAGCGUUAAAGAAUGUCCGCCCAACCGUUACGGAGAUGUUUGCAGUCAGGUGUGUGACUGUGAGUACGGAGGGACGUGUGACAGGUGGGAGGGGUGCCUGUGUCCGCCUGGUCGUCAUGGAGACAGGUGUGAGCACACCUGCGCACCUGACACAUUCGGGUGGAACUGCAGCAUGAAGUGCAAUUGUGAAAACAAGGCCUUGUGUGAUCCAGUCAAUGGCAACUGUAUUUGUGCUGAAGGACAGUGGGGCGAGUUUUGUCACGAGUGCGCACCUGGCAUAUUCGGGUGGAACUGCAGCAUGAAGUGUCACUGCCUCAACAACGCUUCAUGUGACGCGGUGAACGGCAGCUGUAUUUGUGCGGCGGGACGAGUUUGGCGAGUUUUGUCAGGACGUUUAUGUACCCAGGGAUAGUAAAAUAUUUGU